UUUCCCUUUCAUCGCCUGGCGUCAUGGAUGAGGCGGCCUUCAACAAGGAGCGGUCCCUGCUGCGGACCAAACACGCCAAUGAGCUCAAGGAGCUCGAGAAGGACGUCAAGAAGAAAAAGGCAGGGCACAUCACAAGGAUGAGACGAAUUGACGAGAUCUCCAGCUUACAUUUGAUUGACUGACUGCGCCGGUGUAUUGUGUGUCAUCGUGCAGGGUGCGAUGAAGGAGGCGGCUCAGAAGAAGCUCGAGGAUGCCGAGGAGCGUCACGCAAAGGAGCUCGCCGAGUUCGACAAACAGAGAGGCGGUGGCGGCGGCAAACCAUCCGCAGCAUCAGCAUCAGCAUCAUCAUCAUCAUCAUCGAAGGACCAACCCAAGAACGGCACGGCCUCCAGCAGCUCGUCUUCGGCCGCCCUGGCCAUGAAGGUGUUCCCCGACGCCAACUGGUCGGGGCUGUCGAACAGCGAGCUGCAGGCGGCGUGUGAGGAGCGGGGCAUCAGCAAGAAGGGCAAGAAGGAGGACCUCAUCAGCCGACUCAUGCAAUUCCACCAGAGCCAGGCCGCACGGCUCAGGGAACAGGAGGGCGGCGGCCAGGGGCAGCAGCAGCAGCAGCAGGCCAGCAGGGCGGCAGGGGGUGACGAGAAUGGCGGGAUGGACAAGGAUGACGACGACGACGACCCCAAGAGCCAGGCUGAGAUCGAGGAGAGCGAACGGCAGUACAAGAGAGAGCUGGUCAGGCAGAGAGGGAGGGAGGGAGGGGGAAGAGAGAACACCUGCAUCCAUCACACACCCAUCAACAUACCUGUCUGCUGUGUUUGUGUGUGUGUGUGUGUGUGCAGGUGAUGCGCAAGGCGCUUCGUGCGGUGCUCAACAAGCAUGCGCAGAAGCUGGCGGCCGAUGGCGUCACCGAGGACCCCGGCAUCCCCAUCGACGAGCUCUGCGAGCGGUUCGCGGCCAUCAAGGUCCGCAACUUCCGACCCGAGCUGCUGGGCUACACGACAGUGGAGGAGUUCGUCGACAGCCAGCCGGACGGUUUGGUGUUUUACGACAAGAAGGCCAAGCGCCUCUACCCACCUGAGGAGGGAGACGAUGACGACGAGGACGAUGACGACUGAGUCGGCCGCUGGCCAGCCCUGUGUGGGUGUGAAUAGGUGUGAGCGAGGUUGUGGCGUGUGUGCGGUUUGCACGGUUACUUCAGACUGUGAGUGAAGGUUUUGUGUGUGCGUCGUGUGCGUCGAGUGAGUGCUGGCUGCAUCCAUCAGCUUAUGUAAGUCAUGUAUCUCAGACUCAUAUACGAGCAGAGCAGUGUCAGUGCCAGCACUCUGUGUGUGCCGUGACGUGGCGUCAUGUGAGUGAAGAAGGCACAUCUGCAUGUCUGAGACCACUUGUGCUGACUUCAAUCAAUUUCAUUCUUCA